AUGGUGUGCUGUGUGCAGGCUAGCUCUCUAGUUGCCCUCACAUACAUAUUCAAAUUUCAAUCUAAAGUUCAAAAUCAAGAUAUAACUACACAUUUACCAACAAGGUGGUUGUUGGGUCAAGAUCUUCCAGUGUUGCUAUCGCGCGCCAAGAUGUCAACGGGAGGAGCAACAGGGCCGCUCCUGUACGCCGUGUGCGCGGCUGUACUGGGCAUGCUGCAGUUUGGAUUCAACACUGGCGUCAUUAAUGCCCCUCGGACAUUCAUAGAGAAUUUCAUAAAUGAGAAUUAUGACGUCAAUUCAGGAGUUAUCUUCAGUGUUAUCGUAAGCAUCUUUGCUGUGGGUGGUAUGAUCGGAUGUCCUUUGGCCAGCUGGGUAGCCGACACUCGAGGUCGAAAGUUUGCAUUACUUGUCAAUGCAGCCUUUGGCGUACUGGGGGCCGUUCUUAUGGCCUUAAGCAAAACCUCAACAUCGCUGGCCAUGCUUAUCAUUGGAAGAUUCCUUAUUGGUAUUAACUGUGGAUUCGCAACGACUGCAUCACCGACUUAUGUGUCAGAAAUGGCCCCAGUACGAUUGAGGGGAGCUUUUGGUACUGUAAACCAGUUAGCUGUCGCGUUGGGUUUGGUAGGUGGCCAAAUACUUGGUAUAGAUGUCAUCUUGGGAAGUGAUAAUGGCUGGCCGUGGCUUCUCGGUUUGGCAGUCAUACCAUCGGCCGUGCAAUGCGUUAUGUUACCAUUUGCCCCAGAGACACCGAGAUAUCUGUUGUUAUCGCAGCGUGAUGAAGAACAAGCUAGGAACGUGUUGACCAGAAUCCGGGGUUGUGAUGACAUCGAUGAUGAGAUUAAGGAUAUGCACGACGAAGACCACGCUAUGAAACAGGAACAAAAAUUCACCAUUCUUGAUUUAAUUCGCAUCGAGAGUUUAAGAACACCUCUGGUCAUCGGAAUCGUCAUGCAUUUAUCGCAACAACUGGGAGGAAUUAAUGCUGUUUUAUACUUUUCUUCUUCGAUCUUCGUGAAGACUGGUUUGAGUGAGGGAGAUGCUCGAUUGGCGUCUAUUGGUGUAGGCAGUAUGUUAUUUGUAAUGGCGUUAGUGUCGAUACCACUAAUGGAUCGCUUGGGCAGGAGAACUUUGCAGCUGUGCGGACUUGGAGGAAUGGCAGUAUUCUCAGUGCUGAUGACGAUAGCAUUCUUUACCUAUGAGAACAAUAGAACUAUGAGUAUUUUUGCUGUGAUCUUCACUCUUCUUUACGUGGCUUUCUUUGGCGUUGGCCCGAGCUCGAUUCCUUGGAUGAUUCUAUCUGAACUAUUUGGACAGGGUGCUCGAAGUGCUGCAGUCAGUGUCGGAGCCUUAGUUAAUUGGCUGGCUAACUUUUUAGUCGGCUUAACAUUCAUUCCUAUGUCAGAUCUUUUAGGCAACUAUGUAUUCAUACCGUAUACUGUAUUACUAAUCUUAUUUUAUGUAUUUACUUACUUUAAACUCCCUGAAACUAAGAACAGAACUAUAGAAGAGGUUACGGCAUUGUUUAAAUAA